ACUUCCGCCUCCUCCUCCUCCUCCCCUUCCCAGGCGCCAGGGAAGCGGGGAAGAGCCAGAGCCGGGGGCCGAGUGGGUUCCCCCAGGUGUUUGGGGGCUCUUUCCCCUUCUCUCUCUCUCUCUCUCCCUUCCUUGCUUCCUUGCUUCUCCUUCCGCAGCGCCGCCUGGGUGGGGCUGCUGAGGAGCAAGGCAAGGCCAGGGGGCGAUGCCGACUCAGCGAGAGAGUGGCAGCCACAGCAGCGGAGGAGGAGGCGGCGGCGGCGGCGGAGGCAGCGGCCACAGCAUGUCUCACCCCCCGGGCCUCGGAGGAGGAGGCGGAGGCGGAGGGGGGAUGGCCGGGGGUCUAGGCGGGGACGGCGCCCACCAGGUCCGCGUCAAGGCUUACUACAAAGGGGAUAUUAUGAUAACAUAUUUUGAACCUUCCAUCUCCUUUGAAGGACUGUGUAAUGAAGUUCGAGACAUGUGCGCCUUUGAUAAUGAACAGCUCUUCACCAUGAAAUGGAUAGAUGAAGAAGGGGAUCCAUGUACUGUUUCCUCUCAGCUGGAAUUGGAAGAGGCCUUUCGUUUAUACGAACUAAAUAAGGAUUCUGAACUUCUAAUACAUGUAUUUCCUUGUGUACCAGAGAGGCCUGGAAUGCCUUGUCCAGGAGAAGAUAAGUCUAUCUAUCGUCGGGGUGCACGACGGUGGCGAAAGCUCUAUUGUGCGAAUGGUCAUACUUUUCAAGCCAAGAGAUUUAACAGAAGAGCUCACUGUGCCAUUUGUACUGAUCGGAUAUGGGGUUUAGGACGUCAGGGAUAUAAAUGCAUCAAUUGUAAACUCCUGGUUCACAAGAAAUGUCAUAAACUUGUCAGUAUAGAAUGUGGCCGACACACACUACCACCGGACCCUAUGGAUCAUUCAUGACAUCCUGAUAACAUAGAACCAGUGAUUCCAUAUCAUCCUUCCAGUCAUGAAAGUUUAGACCACGUUGGUGAAGAAAAGGAGGCAACAAGUAUUAGAGAAAGUGGCAAAGUAUCUUCCAGUCUUGGACUCCAAGAUUUUGAUCUACUUCGAGUUAUAGGGAGAGGCAGUUAUGCAAAAGUACUUUUGGUUCGUUUAAAGAAGACAGAGCGCAUUUAUGCAAUGAAAGUUGUGAAAAAAGAACUAGUCAAUGAUGAUGAGGAUAUUGAUUGGGUUCAGACAGAAAAACAUGUCUUUGAGCAGGCAUCUAAUCAUCCUUUCCUUGUUGGUCUUCACUCCUGUUUUCAGACAGAGAGCAGGUUAUUUUUUGUUAUAGAGUACGUAAAUGGAGGGGAUCUCAUGUUUCAUAUGCAACGCCAAAGGAAAUUGCCAGAAGAACAUGCCAGGUUUUAUUCUGCAGAAAUCAGUUUAGCAUUAAACUAUCUUCAUGAAAGAGGAAUAAUUUAUAGGGAUCUGAAGCUGGACAAUGUGCUACUGGAUUCUGAGGGACAUAUCAAACUGACUGACUAUGGCAUGUGUAAGGAAGGAUUAAGGCCUGGAGACACAACCAGCACUUUCUGUGGCACUCCCAACUACAUUGCUCCAGAGAUCUUACGUGGAGAAGAUUAUGGGUUUAGUGUGGACUGGUGGGCUUUGGGUGUGCUGAUGUUUGAAAUGAUGGCAGGAAGAUCGCCUUUUGAUAUUGUUGGAAGUUCUGAUAAUCCUGAUCAAAAUACAGAAGACUAUCUUUUCCAAGUUAUUUUGGAGAAGCAAAUCCGUAUCCCACGAUCCCUUUCUGUGAAGGCAGCAAGUGUUCUAAAAAGCUUUCUAAAUAAGGAUCCAAAAGAACGCUUGGGGUGCCAUCCUCAAACAGGGUUUGCAGACAUUCAGGGACAUCCAUUUUUCCGUAAUGUUGAUUGGGAUCUGAUGGAACAAAAGCAGGUGGUUCCUCCAUUUAAACCAAACAUAUCUGGAGAAUUUGGUCUGGACAACUUUGAUUCCCAGUUCACCAAUGAACCUGUUCAGCUCACUCCUGAUGAUGAUGACAUUGUGAAGAAGAUUGAUCAGUCUGAAUUUGAAGGCUUUGAAUACAUCAACCCCCUUCUGAUGUCUGCCGAGGAAUGUGUCUGAUCUCCCACUUCUGAACUGUGCCACUUGUUACUGAUGAUAUUCUUUGUGAACAGUUUGGGAUGGAAUUAAUAAAAUGCAUUUACCUCUCA